CCGCUUUCUCUUCCGGGCGGCACGAGUCCAUAGCCGUUAAGGCAUCGGGGCUUCGCCUCACCGCCCAUUACAGUUUCCCCUUUUUUCGGUCCUCCGCGUCUCUCCUGCCGUGUCUGCGUUGCUAGGAAGUCUGCCACUGAGAGAGAGGGGGGAUGGGGAAGCGAGGUGGAUUAGGUUUCCAGGAGAGGGACGCGUUCAAGACGAAGAAGCGGAAGAAGGAGGAGAAGGGCUUCUAUGGGCGUCGGGCAUUCUUGGAAGGGAUCAGAGACUACUUGUUCUCCGACUCAUACAUGUACGCGCCGCUGCUGUCCCCCGUUCCCCCGCCUCAUGACGUUACCGUCAAGAAGAACCCUCCUCAGGAAAAAGGUCCAUUCCAAUAUAUUGAAAGAUCUACUACAUCAGUUUCUAUCAGGAAACUAGCUGAUGCAGGUGAAAGUCGUCAUUUUGAAGAUGGCAUUUGAGGCCACAUUAACCUGGUCUGUUGUGCAUCUCAUGCCCAUCGUCCAUUAGAUUGCAGAAUCUGCAAGCUGUCUGCCAUACUGUGAAUAUUCUGUUGUCACUGUAAUGUCUGUAUUUCUAACCUGUUUCUCAAUUUUUUUUUUCUUCUUGUUCGUUGAUAGAUGGCUAUAUGUAGUCUUCAUGUGUAUAAUCUGAUGAAUUCCUUCUUACAUAGGGAAAAUGUUCAUUAUCCUUUC